CAUGGAUUGGCCAGUUUGUUAGUGAAACAUCACGACAGAGCUAAGGAUUGCAGUGUCUUUAUUUCAAGAAAACCUUGUACCUACUGUUCUAAACUCUCCUUGAAGGCGGGCGUGAGGAAAGUGUCUUAUCCGCCGGUCGAACCCGAAUAUUACGAGGCAAGGAAGGAAGAGAAGCGGAUUGAGUCUCUCUUUGAUGCCGCCCAAAUCGUUCAAAAUGUUUUUUUCCCCCAGUUAAAGAAGGAAUUAGUAACCGCGGUCGAAGAAGAGUUAUCAGCUAAAGCAACAUCUUUCAAUUAUGUUCGUGAGUUUGUUGAAAAGGUUUCUAAUAGAUUUUGGAAUGACGAAUACGCGAAGGGUGUCAUCGAGGGCCCCUUCCAUCAAGCAAAACACGAUCUCGAAAACCUUUCGAAAUGGUUUGCUCAAAUUUAUCUUCCUUUGAAACAUUCCAAGUUUGCACUGGCUGCCAAGCACAUAGCGAUUCCUUCGGAGAGAGCAACAAGCGCGUUUGAUCCAGAAAAUGAUUUACACCAACGACGAAUUGCAAAUCACUUGCUUGCUUUGGGAAGGAUGACCGUCCAGUACACCGUGGAACCGAAAACAGGGGUCGGCUGUGUCAUCAUGAAGGACAAUGAUAUAGUAGCAGUUGGCUGGAAUGAUUUUCCCCUUAAAUCAAUCGAGGAAAGUUUUCAUUAUGCAACCGAUCAAGAAAGAGACGGAAAAUAUCCUUUCUUCAUUCACGCAGAGCAAAACGCUCUUCUCGCGCGUAACGCAAAAGAUGUCACGGGGACUGUCAUUUUUGUCACGAAAAUUCCAUGUCACGAAUGCACCCCUCUAGUGAAGGUUGCUGGGAUAGGAACAGUAGUGUUGUCAACACCACUUAAACCAGUUCAGGAAAAGUACAGCCUGAAUUACGACACUUUUCGAGAGGAGGUAGAGAGAGGAACCUUUAUAUGCUAUGAAGCAUCUACAGAAAACGUAUCAUAGAACCACUGACAUAUACGGGAUACU